AUGGACGCCCAAGCCAGCCACAGCGGCGACACCAAGCCCCUCGUCGCCAUCACCUCGCACAACCAGUACAAGACCGACGGGCUCGCCGAGGCCGACCUGGCCCCGUCACCCAUGGAGCAGUUUGACCGUUGGUUCAAGUACGCCGUCGAAAAGCAGGUCGCCGAGCCCGAGGCCAUGACGCUCUGCACCACCGCCCUGCCCACGCCCACCUCGGCCGGCGCCGACGCCUUCCCGCGCCCCUCGUCGCGCGUCGUGUUGCUCAAGCAGAUCGACUCGCAGGGCUUCCUCUUCUUCACCAACUACGACUCGCGCAAGGGCCGAGAGCUCGCGGCCAACCCCUUCUGCUCCCUCACCUUCUUCUGGCAGCCCCUCUCGCGCUCCGUGCGCGUGUGCGGCAAGGCGGUCCGCCUGACAAAGGACGAGUCCAAGCGCUACUUUGACUCGAGGCCCAUCGGCUCGCGCGUCGGCGCAUGGGCCUCGCCCCAGUCGUCCGAGAUCCAGAGCCGGGACCAGCUGGAAAAGAUGGUCAGGGACAAGGAAAAGGAGCUCGGCGUGCCCGGCGCCGCCCGCCUGACCGAGAGCGAAAACUGGCAGGGCGACGACAAGGACGUGCCCCUACCGGAGCACUGGGGCGGCUUCCGCGUCAUCCCCGACGAGAUCGAGUUCUGGGCCGGCCGGCCCAACCGCCUCCACGACAGGUUCAGGUACACGCGGGACAUCAACUCCAAGGUGGCGGCGUACGACGACAAGUGGGACGUUAGCCGCCUGGCGCCGUGA